GUCCUUGUGGCACCGCGAGGGCAGGCAGAGGCAGGCAGAGAGGCAGGGUUUGGCGCCGCUCCAGCCGCUGUGCUGCCACGAGCUCACUCACGCGAUCCACGUGGUCCCGGCUCGGCUCUGCUCGGCUCGGCUCGGCCCGAGGGCCUUCCCUGCGACACAGACCGCGCCGAUAACGUGACGGCCCGGAGCGCCCCUUCAGCCGCACUCGACUUGACAGUCGUCGCGGACGUGUCGGUGGUGGUGAAGUGAUCUGUGCAGUGUGGUGCGUGUGGCUGUGAACGCUCAGGAUUUACCGCCUUCUCGACUCUGCGCUGAGGCAGCAGCAAGAUGCAGCGGCUGGCCGCUCGGCUGUCGGCGCCGCCUUGACGCGCCGGCUGACGGGCCCCUGACGGGCCUCGCCCCGCCACCGCCGUCAGUGCCGCCUGCGGCCGCCUGCGGCUGCCUGCGGCUGCCUGCGGCCGGCUGUCGGGACCGCGCGCCAGGCCUGUCACCAUGCCCAGCCGGCUGGCCGUAGCGGCCAUCGCCCUGGUGCUCAGCUACAACACAGUGUGGUCGGCCCAGCGCGACAACGAGAACGCCGGCAGCGGCUCGGCGGACGGCAACGCGCUCGGCGAGGACGCCGACAAGGGCGACAAGCUCCUGGACCCCUGGGCGCCGCCCACGCCGGGGCCGUACUUCGACAUGGACGGGCGCAGCAACGUGACGGCGCUGCUGGGGAAGACGGCCUUCCUCAACUGCAGGGUGCGCCGCCUCGGCAACAAGACGGUCUCGUGGGUUCGGCACCGAGACACGCACCUGCUCACCGUGGGCCUGUACACCUACACCAACGACCAGCGCUUCCGCGCACAACACGGUAGUGGCGACGACUGGGUGCUACAGCUCAAGUACCCGCAGCACCGAGACGCCGGGACGUACGAGUGCCAGGUGUCCACCACGCCACACAUGUCCCACCUCGUCAACUUGACCGUAGUGGAGCCUUCCUCGGAGAUCCUGGGCGGCCCGGACCUCUACAUCGACCGGGGCUCAACCAUCAACCUCACAUGCAUCGUUCUCAACUCCCCGGAGCCGCCGGCCUACGUCAUAUGGAACCAUAACGACGCGAUCAUCAGCUACGACUCGCCGCGGGGCGGCGUGAGCGUCGUCACAGAGAAGGGCGUGACGACCGAGAGCUUCCUGCUGAUCCAGAGCGCGCGCCCCUCUGACUCGGGCCGCUACACGUGCAACCCGUCCAACGCGCAAGCCAAGGGCAUCAACGUGCACGUGCUCAACGGCGAGCACCCGGCCGCCAUGCAGCACGCCGGCCAGGCGCACCACCAGUCGUCGCACUUCUACUGCCUGGUGUUCUGCGUCUGCCUCUUGCUACUGGCGCCCUAGAGCCCGGCAGGACCUAUUAGGACCUCGCAGGUCCCUAAGGACACUUGAAAAACCUCCGAAGAAAACGACCUUGCGGAACAACUGAUUCCUUUCUACAACGCAGGCACAACCCGUUAUUCUUCAUCAGUGUUACAGUUCUAAAGUGCCGGACGCGAUGAUUAGUUUGCGAGUCAAAGACACUUUUUAGAGUGCAUCAUAGUGUGUCGUGGCAAGGACUCUUUGGGAGGCCCUUUCUUCCAUAAAUGGAAUUAAACAGAAACCGUUUAUGUGUCUGUGUUUGCCCGUAAACGAAAUGUGAGUUUGUAUGUGUGAUUUUGUGUGUGAUUGUAUAGUAAUAAUGUGUGUGGUCUCAAAGACUGGCCUUACUUCUUAAUUUUGAGAAAAGAAAAGAGGCUGCUUACAAACAAGCCGUUCGUGUAAAAAUAAAGACACACGUCCCUCCCAAGAUAUGUGACAAUUUGCACUAAUUAUUUAAAAACUAAUUCUUAGCGCCAUUGAAAUGUGUGAAUGUUACCAUGAACUGCAGCAAUCCAACAGUAGGACUUCGUUUUGCUGUUGUACAAGUGGGCUUCUCCUUGUGCUGCUCGAGUUUGAAGGCUGAUUGUUCAGUCUCUUAUAGAUCGUACCGAACGUACAUUGACAAAAAAUGUGGGCGAUAACGAAAUAAAAUGACUCAAACAGCUUCUUUACAAAUUAUUCCGUCGACUUUUGGGGAAAUCUGUUGGUUUUAAAAUCCAUUGUGGCAGUAGAUAUGAGUAAAUCAGACAUAAGUCAGUGGGGUGUAAACUUUUUUAUCGCUAUAAAAGCUAAAUAAACAAGCUCUUGUUAAAUAACACGAAAAUAUUGACGGUAUGACGGUAACAGCAGUUCGUCCCCCCAAAAUGACAUGUUUUGACGGUUUUGACUUAUAGGCGGUUGGUACUAGUUGAAUGAACAACUAGUUGUGGGUGGAUCGUAGAUAAAAAAACAAAGUCAUCUUUUCAGUGAGUUAGAAAGUAAUUCUAUUUGGAAGAUUUUGAGCAUCAUAAAAAAUUGUAUACCAGGUGUGCUGUGUGGUGACUGGUUCAUUUCAAAUGUAAGUUUUCUGUUGGUACGUUCACCCUAACAGCGACGUUUUGCCACGAAUGUGAUAAUUUUUAAGGAUACUCUUGGUCGUAAAGGCGAGGGAGCUCAAACGACAUGCGCUGACAAGUUUUCGGUCGUCGAAAACAAUGUCUUUGAAACGCAAGUAAUGACGCAAGAAAGUUGCUCUCAGAAACCAACAAAGUCUGUGAUAACUAUAGUUGCUAUAAAAGUGGUUAAUCAACCUAAGUUUCGAGUAUGUCAGUUAAUUUUUGUUAGUUUAAUCAAUACUUUUCAAACUUUGUUUGUGAAACUUUCAGCAAAUAGGUACAUCUCAACAGUGUUAAGAACAUAGGGUAUGAUUCGUCAAUUCUGUGUGACAUUCCUUUUUAUGACAUUUUCCAUAGUUCUCAAAAUGCAGUUCUGUGUGCAUCAAUUCACUGGCUUCCCCUAAAAAUAGUAAUUCUUUUCUGUCACUUUAGCAACCAUAACGUCAGGGCAAUCACGAUCCGUAUUUUAAGAGCUUUGAAGCAGUUCUAAUUGCACAGAAUAUCGCAAUCUUCCUGUUAAAUCAGGUAGCAUGCUGUUUGUGACGAAAUGUGUGAAAAUUUACGCAAUAAACUGACUCAAUAUACUUA